UUUGAAAAUGAGCAAUCACAUGUAUAAUCAACUUGGUUAAAACUUCCUUCCUGGUAACUGUAACACUUCCUCUGCAUCUGGAUAUGAAGGGAGCCCCAGAAAAGCGGAAGAAGAGUCGAGAGGUGCCCUGGGUAGGUUUGAAUUUGUUUUGUUUUUAUAAAGUAAACAAAUGACCUUUCAGCACCACCACCUCCAGCGCUGUAUCAGGUCGCUUAGAGUAUGGAGCUGGGCAACCAUGAACAGCCGGUGGUUCUAAGAGAGGACAACCUCCGCCGGCGCCGGAGGAUGAAGCCGCGCAGCGCAGCAGGCAGUCUGUCCUCCAUGGAGCUCAUCCCCAUUGAGUUCAUACUGCCCACCAGCCAGCGCAUCAGCAAGACUCCAGAAACAGCGCUGCUGCACGUGGCUGGCCAUGGCAAUGUGGAGCAGAUGAAAGCCCAGGUGUGGCUGCGUGCACUGGAGACCAGCGUGGCUGCGGAAUUCUACCACCGGUUGGGCCCAGACCACUUCCUCCUACUCUACCAGAAGAAAGGUCAGUGGUAUGAGAUCUAUGACAGAUACCAGGUGGUACAAACCCUAGACUGCCUGCACUACUGGAAGAUGAUGCACAAGAGCCCGGGCCAGAUUCACUUGGUACAGCGACACGCACCUUCUGAGGAGACCGUAGCUUUCCAGAAGCAGCUUACCUCCCUGAUUGGCUACGACGUCACUGACAUCAGCAACGUGCACGACGAUGAGCUAGAGUUCACCCGCCGCCGCCUGGUCACACCUCGCAUGGCAGAGGUGGCUGGCCGUGAUGCCAAACUAUAUGCUAUGCACCCCUGGGUGACAUCCAAACCUCUCCCAGACUACCUGUCCAAAAAGAUUGCCAACAAUUGCAUCUUCAUCGUCAUCCACCGCAGCACCACCAGUCAAACCAUCAAGGUCUCCGCAGAUGAUACUCCUGGUGCCAUCCUCCAGAACUUCUUCACCAAGAUGGCCAAGAAGAAGUCCCUGAUGAAUAUCCCAGAAAGCCAAAGUGAGCAGGAUUUUGUGCUGCGGGUCUGUGGCCGUGAUGAGUACCUGGUGGGUGAAACGCCCCUCAAAAACUUCCAGUGGGUGAGGCAGUGCCUCAAGAACGGAGACGAAAUACACCUGGUGCUCGACACGCCUCCAGACCCAGCCCUAGACGAGGUGAGGAAGGAAGAGUGGCCGCUGGUAGAUGACUGCACAGGAGUCACCGGCUACCACGAGCAGCUGACCAUCCACGGCAAGGACCAUGAGAGUGUAUUCACAGUGUCUUUGUGGGACUGUGACCGAAAGUUCAGGGUCAAGAUCAGAGGCAUUGACAUCCCUGUCCUGCCCCGGAACACCGACCUCACUGUUUUUGUGGAAGCAAACAUCCAGCAUGGACAACAGGUCCUUUGCCAAAGGAGAACCAGCCCUAAGCCCUUCACGGAAGAGGUGCUCUGGAAUGUGUGGCUAGAGUUUGGCAUCAAAAUCAAAGACUUGCCCAAAGGGGCCCUAUUGAACCUCCAGAUCUACUGCUGCAAAACGCCAACACUGUCCAGCAAGGCUUCUGUAGAGGCGCCAGGCUCCGAGUCCAAGGGCAAAGCCCAGCUUCUCUAUUAUGUAAACUUACUGUUAAUAGACCACCGGUUCCUUCUGCGCCAUGGGGACUAUGUGCUCUGUAUGUGGCAAAUAUCUGGGAAGGUAGAAGAACAAGGCAGCUUCAAUGCUGACAAGCUCACGUCUGCAACCAAUCCUGACAAGGAGAACUCAAUGUCCAUCUCCAUCCUGCUGGACAACUACUGUCACCCCAUAGCCCUGCCUAAGCAUCAGCCCACUCCUGACCCGGAAGGAGACAGGGUCAGAGCUGAAAUGCCCAAUCAGCUUCGCAAGCAACUGGAGGCAAUCAUAGCCACAGAUCCCCUUAACCCCCUCACAGCAGAGGACAAAGAACUGCUCUGGCACUUUAGAUAUGAAAGCCUGAAGCAUCCGAAAGCAUACCCUAAGCUAUUCAGUUCAGUGAAAUGGGGACAGCAAGAAAUUGUGGCCAAAACAUACCAGCUGAUAGCCAAAAGGGAGGUCUGGGAUCAAAGUGCUUUGGAUGUUGGCUUAACCAUGCAGCUCUUGGACUGCAACUUUUCAGAUGAAAACGUAAGAGCCAUUGCAGUUCAGAAACUGGAGAGCUUGGAGGACGAUGAUGUUUUACAUUACCUUCUCCAGCUGGUGCAGGCUGUGAAAUUUGAACCAUACCACGACAGUGCUCUGGCCAGAUUCUUACUGAAGCGUGGCUUGAGAAACAAAAGAAUUGGUCACUUCUUGUUCUGGUUCUUGCGAAGUGAGAUAGCCCAGUCCAGACACUAUCAGCAGAGGUUUGCUGUGAUCCUGGAAGCAUACCUGCGGGGCUGUGGCAUGGCCAUGCUGCAGGACUUCACACAGCAGGUCCAAGUGAUCGAGAUGUUACAGAAAGUCACCAUUGAUAUCAAGUCACUCUCUGCUGAGAAGUAUGACGUCAGUUCCCAAGUUAUUUCACAGCUCAAGCAAAAGCUUGAAAACCUGCAGAAUUCCAGUCUCCCCAAGAGCUUUAGAGUUCCCUAUGAUCCUGGACUGAAAGCAGGUACCCUGGUGAUUGAAAAAUGUAAAGUAAUGGCCUCCAAGAAAAAGCCCCUGUGGCUUGAGUUUAAAUGUGCUGAUCCUACAGCCCUAUCCAAUGAAACCAUUGGAAUCAUCUUUAAACACGGUGAUGAUCUUCGACAAGACAUGUUGAUCUUACAGAUUCUACGCAUCAUGGAGUCCAUUUGGGAGACUGAAUGUCUGGACCUGUGCCUUCUGCCAUAUGGCUGCAUCUCAACUGGUGACAAAAUAGGAAUGAUCGAGAUAGUGAAGGACGCCACAACCAUCGCUCAGAUUCAGCAAAGCACAGUGGGUAACACAGGGGCAUUCAAAGAUGAAGUCCUGAACCACUGGCUCAAGGAAAAAUGCCCCAUUGAAGAAAAGUUUCAGGCAGCAGUAGAGAGGUUCGUUUAUUCCUGUGCCGGCUACUGUGUGGCGACAUUUGUUCUUGGAAUAGGUGACAGACACAAUGACAACAUUAUGAUUUCAGAGACAGGAAACCUAUUUCACAUAGACUUUGGACACAUUCUGGGGAAUUACAAAAGUUUCCUGGGCAUUAAUAAAGAGAGAGUGCCAUUUGUCCUAACCCCAGACUUCUUGUUUGUGAUGGGAACUUCUGGAAAGAAAACAAGCCCUCACUUCCAGAAAUUUCAGGAUGUCUGUGUCAAGGCUUAUCUAGCUCUUCGACAUCACACAAACCUGCUGAUCAUCCUGUUCUCCAUGAUGCUAAUGACAGGAAUGCCCCAGUUAACAAGCAAAGAAGACAUUGAAUAUAUCCGGGAUGCUCUCACGGUGGGGAAGAAUGAGGAGGAUGCUAAGAAGUAUUUCCUGGAUCAGAUUGAAGUUUGUAGAGACAAAGGAUGGACAGUGCAGUUUAACUGGUUCCUACAUCUCGUUCUUGGCAUCAAACAAGGAGAGAAACACUCUGCUUAAUAUUCGGUGCUAGAGCCAAAAGCAAUUUUGUAUUCAAAAGCUUUGAAAUCCGUAUGUGUCAGUCAUCAGACUUAGAUUUAAAAUGCAAUAGGACACUCUGAACACUGGCACUUCAGAAAUACAGUUUUUUCCCCCAGCUGAACUCUUUCUUCACCAGAGGAAAAACGUUGGCAUUAAUGGGUUUGGUUAAUAUUCAGCAUGUGGCUUCUUUGCUGAUUUUUUUUCUCCCUCUCAGUCUUCAUAAUGUUGACCAAUAUUCUAAGUUUAAAUAGACUGUUGACUUGCUUAUUAUGCCUGAUGAUCUUGUAUUGAGUAUCCCUGAGGUUCGUUAGUAGAAUAAUUGGUGAUUGUCACACGUGUUUACUAUGCAUUUUCCUGACAGAAAGGAGUGCAAGCAUUGCCAAGCUCCACUACGUUCUUCCCUCCAUGCCCACAGAUGCUGGUGGUGUAUUAGAAGCAAGGAAUGCAAGUUAGCCUUCUGAGUGCCUUAGCAAUUGGUCUUACUGAGUGCAACUGGGAUGCACAGGUGCUCAAAGCAAACUCCAAGCCUGAGCCUUGACUCUGCCCUGCUGGUGUGGCUCUUGGGUUAUGGGUAUGAAAAACUGAAGUAAGACAUUUUCCCAAGAGUGAAUAACCUAAUACAAUCAGUGUCAUCUUCUCUGGCACAGAAACAGGAAGUUACUAAAUGGACCCUUUGGAACUGCUGCAUGGAAUUUUAAAAAAAUAUAUAUUAUUAAAAGAUGGGUUCCAGAAAGUAUUUGUUUCUAAACACUUUAAUUUUACAUUUGAAUCUGAACAGUUUUUGUUUUUUUAAUGGAAUAAGAUACUGCUUUCAAUGCAUUCUAAGCUUAUAACACACUUGCAUAUUCAUUUUUCAGUUCAAUUGAGACAUUCUGGGGUUCAUAAACACAAUUGAACUAUC